AUGCCUCAAGAACCCUACAAUUCCUGCGUUUGCGCCAACGCCAACAUUUCACUGCCCAUCUACGACAUCAUCACAUCUCUCUCCCCUCUUCCCGCCGAGAUCCGCAACCUUGUCUACAGCUUUUUGAUAGCGGCUCCCUGUAAGGCGCACGCUCUCAUCUUUAGCCGCCUCUCGAGAGAUCAUUACGACAAUAUCGUACUUCGCUUGUACCAGCAAAUUGUGGUAACGGACAAGGCGGUCGACGCGGGCCUGUACAAGAGUUAUUCAAAUGUGGACAAUCAAUCCCAUCAAUCAAAUGAGCACAGGACUCUUCCCAGCAAGAAGGAACUGCUCGACUGCUGCGAGUCGCUUGUGUUUACCUCCAUAUACGCUUGGGCACAGACCAUAGGCAUGUUCGAUAUGCGUGGGACAACACCUGUCAUGUCGCCCAUGUUUCGCAACCUCAAUCAUGUCGCCUUCGCAUCUGGCUUUGUCGAAGAGAUCUGUCGACGAGAGGCUCUUCCCCUUGAUCGUUACAUCACACCCAAGGCUCUCUGGUACAUCUCAGAUGCCUGUAUACAUCUUCCCAAAUCUUUUUCUGAAGACUUGGCGAUAGAUCUGGGGAAUGUGUCCAGCUACUUGAUGGAUUUUGGAAUCGGGACAAAUGACACUACUGAGACGGUUCUUCGCCUUCACAACUGCCAGCCAACCAAGCUGGCAAUGGCAGAUGAAAGACUCGCCUUCGCACAUGAUGUGGUGUAUAUCCAUAUGCCGCCUAAGAGGAUCGAGAACGCUGUGGAUAUAGCGGCACGACAAGUAGACGAGAUAGUGGAAUACUGGAUCGCGACCUCUGUGAAUAGAGCGGCACGGCAAGUAGACGAGAUAGUGGAAUACUGUGUAAAGUCUGUGACUGAAUGGGACGCGAUGAAGACCAGAUUCAUUAUUCACGGUCCUCCCGAACCGUUUGGCAAGGCAGUUGUCUUCACCAACUUUGGCACCGUUAUAACCCCAGCUGGUCUUGUCUUCGUCAUCUCACCUAGCAUCGCCCAGUCGAUUAUCGACAGAGCCGAGAGGGAGGUUAGACGGAGGGUACGAUUGUUUUUGGAGAGCGAAUUGUCGGCAGGUUGUGGGCUGGAGGCCAAUUUCCAUGUACGAGGCUAUGAGGAGUGCAGGUUUUGUUCUUUGCGAAGCUCUUCUUCUGGAUGA